UUCGAACCACCGUUUCUUCCCGGUGCUACUUUGACGUCGCACCUCAACGUCGUCACCAAACUUCCUUCCCACCGGAAAGAAAGAGAGCGGGGAAAUUUGACAGUCGCUAUUCCACCAAAGUAACAUAAAGGUAUUUUAUGAACGUACAUUUUGGCAUUCAAAAGGGGGUUUGUUCAUUAAAACGUCGUCGAUGCAGCCUGCCGCCUCACCCAAAAUGAGAAUACUAGAGGAGGUGCAGGCCACUCUGCAGAUCGCCAAACUGAAAGAAGAAGAUCUACAGAAAACAAUUCACUGCCUGUCUUUUGGGGAAAACGUUUCAUCUGCAGACUACUGCCUCAUGGAACUGGAUGACACCCUGUGCAAACACAUUGAAGCCGGGCAAAGUUUAGUGAUUCGAGGGGACACGGACGAGCGAGCAGUGCUCUGUAGCGGUGACAAGACCUACGAUUUAAAAAUAGCAGACACAUCUAACCUACUGCUGUUUGUACCAGGAUGCAAAACGCCAGACCAACUAAGCAACAGCCAGGAAAGCUCCCAUUUGGUGCACGCGCAGAUCUGGGGAUUUUGUAACAGCUACUGGGAACUGAAGAGACAGCGUCCUAAACUGAAGAAACUGAAGGAGAUUUUAAUGGAGAAUCCUUAUAAAGGACCAGCUCUAGGGGGGCAAAAGGAAAAUCCAGAAAACAGGUACUCAAUGCAGGAUCUGUUGGACAGGAUCCAGUCCAGCGAAGAAGAGCUAAAGACUCACUUAAAGACCAUCCAUGCCUGUCAGAUAGAUGGCUGCUGGCGCGUGUUGGACUUUGACUACGAGAUGAAGCUGCUUGGUCAUGUUACUCAGCUGGUAGAUUCUGAGUCAUGGUCCUUCAAUAAGGUUCCCCUUCAAACAAGUCUGGAAGAGUUGGCUCCACUGGAGCCCAAAGAGAUGAUUGAGCACUGUUUGGACUGUUAUGGGAAGCGCUUUACUGAAAACGACCACGUCUUUUAUGCACUGCAUGAGGAUAAAGUAUGUCAAAGCACGGCGUUACUCCUGCUGCAGAACGCGGUGAAGUUCAACCUGCGAGAGUUUCAAGAAGUCUGGCAGCAGAGCGUCCCAGAGGGCAUGAGCACAAGACUAGACCAACUAAAGAGUGUCGCAUUGGUGGACCGCGCCUCUCGCCCUGAGACCAUCUGCCUGCUGCGGGUGGAGGAUCUCUCUGAAGACACGCUGGAGCGCUUCAACCACCUCUUCACAAUCAGAGAGAAAUGGACGGAGGAAGACAUCACGCCUUACAUACAGGACCUGUGUGGAGAGAAACAGACCACCGGAGCUCUACUGACCAAAUAUGCUCGAUCUUCAAUGCAAAAUGGGAUCAAGGUGUUCAAUUCCAGGAGGCCUGUGGCUACAUGAUUAUGUCGAGAAUCUCAUUUUCAUUUGAAAAAUUAAUAUUCUCAGUGACGGUUGCAAUUGACAAAGAUAUUAUACACAAUUGUUCUUAAAAAUGCAUUGUUAGCAUGGUCUAUUAUCUUACAGCAACCAGUUUGCUGGUAAAGUGUAGGAUGCUAAAAAAAAACUAAACUCAAUCUUUGUCACGAAGCUUCAUCUUUAUUGCAGUUGUUUUUCUGUUAAAAGUUGAUCAAAUUAUUUUUCAUCCUUCAAAUAUAUUUGAUUUACCUGAUAUGGAUAUUUUUUUUUUUUCAUUUCCAACAUGACUAUGUAUAUGCAACAACAUGAACUUACCAGGUGCUGGAGGUUGUCCACAAGGUGGUGGCCUAUGCUGAUGUAUUCAAUAUGACCUCCACCCAGUGGCAGAUUACAACAGCAUGUGCUGGCUGAUCUGAAGCAAUUACCAUUAUGAAAAUAAUUGACAAGGUAUAUCUUUCCAGCUAUCUAAAUGAGAACAUUUUCUUUUACUACAGUAAACUCACUGUUGCACAAGGUGUCAAAAUUGGCUUUGGGCAUGUUACCAUUUGUUUUUUUAUGAGUAUAUAUAUCCCCUAAGAGCACAAAUCACUUUUUUUGUUUGUUUGCAUCAGUUUUUAAGAAAUAUGCUGAACAGCCUGUAAAUAUUUUACAUGCUGCAGCCUAAGCGCAAACUGAGAAAAAGCUCAUUAACACAUUUUGUUGCCAUUUUGUGUUGUGUGGAUUUAAAAUCUUUUCAUGGCAACUAGAUGUUAUACAAAGUGAUUUAUAGUUUGUUUUUUUUGGCAUAAUCGAGCUCAAACAUCAAAACCACCUCGGCUCAAUUGUUCAUUGGUUCAUUACAAGCUGGUAAAACACGUUCUUAAAAGUAAAUAAUCGCAUCAGUUCACAAAUCAUUAAAAUGAAAGACCUCCAUAUGGGCUGCUAUAGGGGUCAGAUGUGUACCUUUAGUUUAUAACAAGCGUUCAAGUAAUCCAAAAUCUUUUACAGAAGUUCUGGAGCGCUUAUAAAAAGAAUCCCGCCAAAAUGUAAUCCUUUUCAAACAGAUCUGUCCAUCAAAUGUCUCUGUUAAAGCUUCCAUGUGUUUGUACACAGAAGACUGGUUAGUUAGCCCUAUGAAAGCUGGCACACAUUCAAUUUUAGAAAAUGUAAAUAGUUUCAUUUCGGACGAAAGGGUCAAAGGAAUUAAUUUACCCAAAUUUUGUUUCUGAGGUUAAUACAGAUAGGGCCCAGAUUGAAUUGAGCCGUGACACAGAAUGUGUUGGUGGUGCAAAUGUGUGACUCAGUGUUGGACAUCCGCAAACAGUUUCUUUACCUUCUGUGUGUGAGUCAUCGCUACGGAUACACAAGAAGGCCUGGACAGACACGGGCCUGCUUCAACACAGACGUGAUCCUACUCACACACAUCUGUGUGUCUAAAGAGACUUAAUGUAUUUAUGCUCACUGACUCACCUUCACAUCACCCCUCAGGGAUGCUGACUCAUCUGUUCAUUGGGUAGAGAUAGAUCCCAGUUGUGCAUGUGUGUGUGUUUUGUAUUCACUGCAUUGUAUAGCAUGGUACCCCAAAAUGAUUCCCUUUACUUCCUCUCAUCUGUAGGACCUCUGUUCUUUUCGUCACUUUCUGCAUUAUUCUCUCUUCUCUUUUUCCUUUCCAUGAAUUAGACGUUUCAUCUUCCUCUUUUUUCCUUCACACAUUUGUACAUGAUCAGCAACAUAACAGCAGAGGAGCAGAUGGAACAGAUGGUGAAAAGUCAUUAAUGAAACUUUUCAAACAAACAAACUUUU